UGUUCGCGAACUCCGUAUGACACCAGAUAUUGUGAUACGGACUGCACACCGAUAAAUGCAAAUCUUAUGAAUUCAAAGUCGCGUGGUUACUAUUCGUGUAGAAAUUAAGAAGACAACCGGUUGUUACUUUGAAAAAUAAUUUUCUGUCAAUGCUGAACGUACUUUAAUUUGAAUAAAUGAUCUAUUCUUUUUAAGAAGGUAUUAAUUCACAAUAGAGUGACAUAUUUAUUUAUUAUUUAAAAAUGGAUGAAACAAGGAAUUACAUAAACUUAGUAUUAACAGUUAAAAAAUAUCCAGCGUUAUAUGAUCUCAGUUGUAAUGACUACCAUAAUAGGGUUGUACGAAAUAAAAUGUGGAGAGCUGUAGCGCAAGAAGUAAACGCUUCUGCUGCAGAAUGUAAGGAGAAAUGGAAGAAUCUUCGCGCGAGCUUCAGUAGACAUUUAAGAAAUCAAAAUACGGCAAAUUCGAAAGCAAAAAAACCAUAUUACAUGGCCGAUUAUAUGGAUUUUUUACUUCCUUACAGCAAACUUCGCAGGCCAGAUGACAGUUUGAACGAGGAAGGACCAAUAGCGCAGGAGAACUGGAACGAAGAGGAGACCGCUUCUGAUACGUCCUCUAAUUACGAGAAAUUAAACAAAUCUAACCAAACGAUGCCAGAACCAGAAAGAGAUGGAGACUCGAAGAACGAAGAGUACACGUUCGUGAGGAGUAAAACGAUGAGGCUUACAGACGACCGAUUAUCACAUAGGUGCUUGGAUAAUUGUAUCCUAGCCAAAAAACGAGAUGUCGACGAAUCGAUUAAUGAUGCAGACUUACUGUUCUUUAAAAGCUUACUUCCAGACGUACGGCAGAUGACGAGACAAGAGAAAAGAAGUUUUAAAAUAUCUGUAUUGAAUUUGAUCGAUAAAAUACUAAACGAAAAGGAAUCGGCAAUGUCGAUCGAAAACGAUAUCCCUUGCGCUAUAGUAAAAAAUCAACAGGAUGAAAGGGUCGAUCAGUUUUAAAUUAAAAGACUUUAUUAGAGUUUGUAAUGACAUGUAUAAAUGUAUAACAAUAUAGACUGCCUAAAUUAUGUUUAAUAAAAUAAAAUAUAUAAGAAGACUUGGAAAGGGUAUUAACACAAUUUGUGAAGAGAAAUCUGUAUUCUAAAAUAAUUUAUAAUUUAUUG